AUGGCGGACGCAGAUUACGAGUCGGUGCUCUGUGUGAAGCCGGAAGUGCACGUCUACCGGAUCCCGCCCCGGGCCUCUAACCGGGGAUACCGGGCGGCGGAAUGGCAGCUGGACCAACCGGCCUGGAGUGGGCGCCUCCGGGUCACCGCCCGGGGGAAUGCGGCCUUCAUCAAGCUGGAGGACCGGACCACCGGUGAGCUGUUCGCUCAGGCCCCGGUGGAGCAGUUUCCCGGCAUCGCGGUGGAGAGCGUGGUGGACUCCAGCCGAUACUUUGUUCUCUGCAUCGAGGACGGGAGCGGGCGGCGGGCGUUCAUCGGGGUGGGCUUUGCCGACAGAGGAGACGCCUUCGACUUCAACGUCGCCUUACAAGACCACUUCAAAUGGGUGAAGCAGCAGUCAGAGUUUGCUAAACAGGCGCAGAACCCGGACCCCGGACCCAAACUGGACCUGGGAUUCAAGGAGGGACAGACCAUCAAGAUUAAUAUAGCGAACAUAAAGAAGAAGGAAGGCGCCCCCCCUGCUAAACCGAGACCACUCAGCGCAGGACCAAGCCUGCUCCCCCCACCGCCAGGAUCCAAGACUCCCAUUCAGCACAGCACUCCACAGCCAGCUGCUAAUGCAGGUAACCUGUCAGAGCUCCGUGGUGUCGCGUAG